GCAGGGGCGGGCCCACGUUGGGUCAUGGGUGUACAGAUGUACACCCAAAUUUUUGUGAAAAAAUUUAAUAUAUAUACUAGUAUGUAUAUGUAUUAGAUAAUGAGCAAACAAACUAAACUCAUAUGGUCACAUGUGGCCCAGCAAGUCAGCAAACAACGCCUCAUACAACCUGCAUGGCUGCAUACAACACCCCACCGGCCCACAAUCUGACGGCCCAAGCCCAUGCCAGAUCCCAUUCCCCACGCCACGCCCAGACACGAACCUUACAGCGGGUCAGCGUCUCAGGACUCCUGGCGGCGGCUCCUCAAUACAUCUCGCUCUCCAGUCUCCAAAUCCACGACUCCACCAAACAUCGAUAUGGAGGGCGGCGGCGCGGGCGGCAGCGGCGCGGGCGGAUGCGCCGGCGGCGGCGGUGUGGCCGGUGGCAGCGUGGGUGACUGCGCUGGCGUCGGUGCAGGCAGCUUCGCGGGCGUCGACGCGGGCGGCAGCGCUGGCGGUGGCAGCGGCUCGGGCGUCGGCGAGGGCGGCAGCGGCCUCCAACAUCCUGUUCGGCUGUUCUACGAGAGCUUCACGACCAAGCUCUCUGACUUCAGGCUCGCGCAGCUCGGGCAGGCGGGCAGCAACGCGCUGGUGUCGUCGCCCAUGAUGAGUUCCUUCGGGUACUGCACGCCGGAGUACGACCGCGGCGGGCAGGUCACCAUGAAGUCCGACGUGUACAGCUUCGGGGUGAUGCUGCUGCAGCUCAUCUCCGGGCGGAGGGCCGUCGACACCAGCAAGUUCGUGGAGGAGAAGAAUGUGGUCACCUGGGCCAUGCCAGUGUUCAAAGACCAGAAGAGAUGUCACGAGCUGAUUGAUCCACUUAUAAAAAAGGAAUACCUAGCCAUUGGUGGCAAUGGCAAAGGGCAACGGCAACGGUAAGGGCGCCAAGGGUGGCUACGCGGGCACCAAAAAGGUCAGCUCAAAUCCUUUCUUGCUCGUCACGACCCCAUGUGUCUAUUUAUGUAUAGAGCUGAGGGUUAAAUCAAGAAAGAGCCUGUUCUUUUGCUGAAAUCUGGAGGGAAAAGAAUAUACAUAAACCACUUAUUUCAUUUCUUUUAAAAAAAAAACUUCACUGAAAAGAGCUGAGGGUUUGAUCAAGGAAGAGCUAGGCGGAACGCGGUGGCGGCGCGGGCAUGAGCAAGGCGGGGAGCACGUGGUUGCGUGCGCGGGCACGAGCACAACAGGUAUGUACACUCAAAUUGAAAAUGUUGGACCCGCCACUGAUCGUGGGGAUAUUCAUGCUCUUUGUGCCAUAGCCCAAGAACCUGUGGGAGGGGACAGACAUAACGAGGUGCACCAUAUGUCUCAGCGAGCUGUCAGGUCACACAAGCACCACGCAAGUACGGCAAAAGGCGUGAGCAUGAGCCACAACCAUGACGGAAAUCAGGGGCUUGCUCGUCGCCAUCAUACACCUGCGCAGCCCAGCGGCUCAACUAGCAUGAGGAACUGCUUCCGUCUCUUCCACCUUUGCGCCCACCUCCACUGGCAAGUGCUCGACCACAUCUCCGCGGGCACCGUCACCGUCGUAGCUCCACACGAUGCAAAAAUCGAGUGGCGCAGACGAGCUUGAUGGCGACGACCCCCAAAAUCGAGAAGCGCGGACGAGCUUGGUGGUGGCGUUGUCUCCAAUCCGGCGCCGACUGUGCUGCUUGGCACAUGGCUGUGCAGGCCGCGCGUGGGCACAUGUGAGAGGCCAGCCUUGCUGCACACGCGCCCUAAUACACGCCCGAGACCAGACACACAAGCAAGCAUGCAUGCAUCCGCCGACAAAACAAAAAAACGAGCACGUGAAGCCACGCACCCAGGAGAAACUCAAUUAACAAAAGGAAAAAUUGGCCACCACAUUUCUCUUCCCGUCAUGUGUGGGAAUCCUGUUGAUUUUUUCCCCAUCUGCUGCCAUACGCCUACGGAGCACGCUCGAACAGUGCGCGCCAAAAGGAAUCCCUCCAUCAAUGGGCGAUAUUUUUUGCUUUGCUUACUGACGCAAGAUCUCAUCUGUUUAGUAAGCCAGAGCAAAGUCUCACUUGUUGAAUGACAAAACCUUGUGAACUCUAUUUGUCCACUAAUUUUUUAUUACCUAACAAAUGAGACUUAUAAGAUGUCACACAUUUAUCAAUCGAGACCUGAUCUCGCCUGAUGAACAGAUAACGGUAAAUUAUUGUUGUAAUUUUUU